AGGGUUUCCUCUUUUAACAUCUCUAGGGUUUUUCUUCUUUGUUAUGUACCGGAGAUGGUGAAUUGAAAAGGGAAAAACGCUAUUGAGAGCUUAUUGUUAGGUUGUUUCCUCAGGUUUUUGUAGAUCUGAGGUUGCUAUUUUCGAAUUUCUUCGCAAGGAGAUUCUUUCUUUUUUGUUUUCUCAAUUUUGUUGUUGUGUGAUCGAUCAUACGUACGUAGCUCCAUUUCUGGUGGAGAAGAAGAGAAAUGAGCGCUUCGAGGUUCAUAAAGUGUGUCACCGUUGGCGACGGAGCUGUUGGUAAAACCUGUUUGCUGAUUUCUUACACCAGCAACACUUUUCCUACGGAUUAUGUACCGACUGUUUUCGAUAACUUUAGCGCAAAUGUGGUUGUUAAUGGAGCCACGGUGAAUCUGGGACUAUGGGAUACCGCAGGGCAGGAGGAUUAUAACAGAUUAAGACCUUUGAGUUACCGCGGUGCUGAUGUUUUCAUCUUAGCAUUCUCUCUUAUCAGUAAGGCUAGUUAUGAGAAUGUGUCCAAGAAGUGGAUCCCAGAGCUGAAGCACUAUGCCCCUGGUGUCCCAAUAGUUCUUGUUGGAACCAAACUAGAUCUUCGGGAUGACAAACAGUUCUUCAUUGACCACCCUGGCGCUGUACCUAUUACCACUGCUCAGGGAGAGGAGCUGAAGAAGCUAAUUGGAGCUCCUGCAUACAUCGAGUGCAGUUCAAAAACACAGGAGAACGUGAAAGGUGUAUUUGAUGCAGCGAUCCGAGUGGUUCUUCAACCUCCAAAGCAGAAGAAAAAGAAAAGCAAAGCACAAAAAGCCUGCUCCAUUUUGUAAUUUCUCUACGUUUUCCUAUCUCUCUCUGUCUCAUCCACUCUUCUUCUAGUGAAGGCUUAAAAAUUGUUCCAGAGUUCGUUGUGAUAAGCUCUCUUAAUCCUAAAAGAACCGAUUACUUCUGUUUUACUGAUGAAUAGUUUCCAGCUUUAGCUGAGACCUAAUAUUGCACUUA